GGUACCAACAUGGCCACCCACUGAAUAGUAAACAUAGACGUUUGCGCUCUUGUGCUUAUUUAAACACUGCAAGACAAUGAUAUUGGACAUAUCAUCACUUUAAAAUGAAGCUAUCGCGAGUCGCAUGGGUUUUAUUAAGGGGACAUUACGUUUACCGGAGCCCGGGCUUACUGUCAUGUAGUGACCGGGUCAGAUAUGGACCUGUCGUCUUAAAAAACAACUCCUCUGUGUCUGCAAUCAAACACAGCACCGCAGUUUAUUACAGAAACCAUGGGGACCCAUCACAAGUUAUUCAGUUGAAGUCAUUUGACCUGCCUCAUGUCAGUUCUGAAUGUGUCCUGGUGAAAAUGCUGGCAGCUCCCAUCAACCCCUCUGAUUUAAACAUGAUUCAAGGCACAUAUGCCAUCCUACCUGACCUCCCAGCAGUGGGUGGCAAUGAGGGGGUGGGUCAGGUCAUGGAGGUGGGCGACAAGGUGAAAACUCUCAAGGUGGGCGACUGGGUGAUUCCAAGAGACGCUGGCCUAGGUACAUGGAGAACAGCAGCUGUGUUGAGAGCUGAUGAUCUGGUGACAUUACCUAAAGACAUUCCUCUACUAUCUGCAGCCACUUUGGGAGUGAACCCCUGUACGGCUCUGAGAAUGCUCUCAGACUUUGAGGAGCUCAAACCAGGAGACACAGUCAUCCAGAAUGCAGCUAACAGUGGCGUUGGACAGGCUGUUAUUCAGAUUGCUGCUGCUAAGGGAAUUAAUACCAUCAAUGUCAUCAGAGACAGGCCUGAGUUGCAACAGCUCUCUGACAGAUUGAGAGCACUGGGUGCCACACAUGUCAUUACAGAAGAAUCACUAAGACGUCCGGAAAUGAAGGCGCUCUUUAAGUUGUGUCCUCGGCCUAAACUGGCACUGAAUGGAGUGGGAGGAAAGAGCGCUACUGAGCUGUUACGAAAUUUACAAAGUGGAGGUAGUAUGGUGACGUAUGGAGGAAUGGCCAAACAACCAGUCACUGUUCCUGUGAGUGCGCUUAUCUUUAAAGAUGUGAAAAUAAGAGGCUUCUGGGUGACCCAGUGGAAGAGGGACAACAGACAUGAUGAAGAUGCUUUACGAAACAUGCUGGAUGAGCUCUGCAUCCUUAUUCGUGCUGGGAAACUAUCAGCUCCAGCUUGCACUGAAGUGAACCUUCAAGACUUCCAAAACGCCCUGGAAAAUGCCAUGAAGCCAUAUGUUUCCACCAAACAAGUUUUUGUCAUGUGAUCUUAUCCACAUGUCUCAAGUCUUGUGUUUUCUUGAGUUCUUAAACUCUGAAUGAUGAUAAUACAGCAACCCCAAACACACAGACAAUGAAUGUGUUUCCAUCGUCAAAGUCCAAUAAAUUUUAUCAGCUUAGGUUUUGCUGCCUUCACCAAAACAGAGGUAUUUCGGCAUUGACUUUGAAUGCGUUGACAUUUAUUGCUACUUAAUAUUUGUAAGCACCAUUAGGAUUAUUAGUUCAACAGCUCAGAGGUGAAUCUACUUUUACAGUGACCACACACACUGAUAACCAGACAUGUACAGACAAAUUACAGAUUGGCCAUUUAUUUCAAUGUUACAAAAUGUAUUAAAUAGCAAAUGAAAGCAGUUUACAGUUUUCAAAUGUAAUGCCCCGUAACAGGGAUUUUAAUGCUGAAGGUUGCCAUGUGGAUGGGUUGUUGAUCCCAGUGAGUGUUCCUACUGCUGCUCGCUCUAUUGUUAUUGGUGAGCUGAUCAACUGGUAAAAGUUUUUGAAAAUCUGGGCACAAAAUAGGUGUAUCGCCAGUAAAAAUAUGUCAUUGUAAUUUGACAUUAGAUUUCUUGGUGCUAAAGAUAAACAUUCUGAAGGUGAAAGUUUUGUUUUUAAUAAUAAAUUGCAGCAGUGCUCAGUGCAUCAUAUCAUGAUCAAGGUGUAAAAAAACGUAAAUAAUGCUAAAUAAAAAAUGUAUGCAUGCGA